AUGGCGAUGCAUGAAAAUGAGGCCUUCUGGAACGAUUUUCUCCGUCGACCCGCCGCCCAGAAGGCAAUCCAAUUGGAGCAGAGGCUGAUGAUGAGAGAAGCUGCCGCCGAUCUCAAGCAUAACCACGAUAAGGAGAAAGCAGAGCUGCUGGAGCUGCUGGGCUCUUGCAGCCCGAGCUCACAGGAACUAAUCCAGCCAAUGCUCGGCAGCUCCCGAGUCAGAUGGUUGCUCAAUACUGUGCGGAAUCGGGCGGCAACAAACGGACGACUCUUCCACGUGGAGCUUCAGUCCGAUGCAACAACUCUAGAAAAACUCAAGAGAUUACGCGAGGAGUUCGAACUCUCCCCAGUUUCAUUUUCUGCCUCAGAAGAACAAAUGCAUCAGGUGAAUUCCGAUGCAAUCAAAGAAAUCGGGCCGUCAGAUUACUCAGCCCCAGCACAGCGAACAUGGCGAGACAUUCCGCAAGAUGAACUUGCCGAGCGACUUUGUAAAGGAGAAAUAUGCCCCCGGGAUGAGUGGAUACCAGGAGUGUCGCGCGACAAACGGCCGCUGGAUCCUGCUAGUCUGGAGGACCAUCUGAAACUCGGUGACCGAAUGCUGCAAGAGGGACGGGCGGCGUAUGGCGCGGGUGAUUUCAAUCUAGCGAGCAUACGGUUCACACAGGGAGUGCAACUGCUGAACUGGGUGAAAGCGGCAAGAGUUGAGGACCAACACCUGAUUGACGACAUGUACCUUACGCACCUACGCAACCAGGCGCAAACAGCCCUGAAACUCGAGAAAUUUCAGGAGGCUAUCAAGGCGUGCACGACCAUUAUUCAAGACAUUGAUGAGCAUGACGCCAAGGCGAGGUACCGAAGAGCAAAAGCUUACACGAUGCUUGGACUUGUCAAAUGUGCCAAGGACGACUACGUCUUUAUACUGAAAAGUCCUUACGUCGAUGAAACUGCAGUGAAGGCAGCGCGGGCCGCUCUGGCUAACCUCCGUAGAAUCCUCAACAAAUACAAACUCCAAACACGGGAAACAGUGCAGCGGAGCGUGGCUAUUGACGUUUUUUCCGGAGAUCGGAUGUGCCGUGAACGCGAGGUAGCGGACGAAGGUGGGUUCGCACGCCCAGGUCACGCUGACGACUGUGCGGCCACAGGCCAGUGGACAGAAAAAUCACACGUCGCAGACAAGCGAUGGUUCGUCGAGCAACUAAAAGAAAAAACUUCCAGAUUAGAGAGUGGAAUCAACAUCGACAAGGCUUCGCCAGAUGGAGAAGCUGGGGAUGAGGGCGACGUCGGACCCUCUCGUGCGCCUCUGAAGAAAAGUUGGUUCCACAGAGAAUCUAGAUCCGAACAGUCUCCGACGGCCGACUCGGGGGAGACGAUACCACGGAAGGGUGACCGACGCGAGAAGCAUCGCAACGGAAAUACGGCCAACCCCCUACCACUUCUUCCGCUUGAGGAAACAAAACUACUUCUGGAAGAUUUACUGGACGCGUAUACGGAUCCUGAAACGCAGGCAGAGCUGGAAAACGCCACUCGGGCUGCAGACUUCGACAUGAGACGGUUUUUGAUCCGUGUGCGGAAGUGUCUACCGGAGAUUCAGCGACCCGUGUUUGAACGACAUCACUUGCCUGGCAAGAAUCACCGCGAGAAUCUCCGAAUAAUGGAGAUGAGUGUUUCACACUGGCGGUCAAGUGACGAGGCCGUCGACGAACUCCGAAAAGAGUGCUGGAACGCCAUCUUCGGCGACCUUAUUGACCUUGAUAGUGCGUGA